CUUCCGGUGGUGGCUGCUCUGGCGCGGCCGCGGGGACUCUUGGCGCCUCCGCCCGCCCGCCCUCCCGCUCGCCAUGAGCUUCCUGAAGCGGAUCCCGCCGCCCGGCGAAGGGGUCCGGCUGCGGCAACCCGACACCGAGGCGGGGGGGGGGGGGGGGGGAGAGAUGAGAGAGCUUGCCUCGGGUUCGCCAUGGGAGCUCUACGUUUCCCAGAUCCGUCUGUCAUGGAUAGAGAACUCCGGCCUUGGCUUCUCCCUGGAGUACCCCACUAUCAGCUUACAUGCCAUUUCCAGGGACCUGAAUGCCUAUCCGUGGGAGCAUUUGUACGUCAUGGUGAAUGCAAAAUUUGAAGCAGAAGAAUCGAAGGAGGCUCCCAUGGGCGACGGGGAGCAGGAGGAGGAGGAAGAAGAAGACAGCGACGAUGAGCUGGAGCCGAUUUCAGAGUUCAGAUUCAUCCCCAGCGACAAAUCGGCCCUGGAAGCCAUGUUCUCGGCGAUGUGCGAAUGCCAAGCCCUGCACCCGGAUCCCGAAGACGAAGACUCCGACAACAAUUACGACGGCGACGAGUACGACGUGGAGGCCCACGAGGGGGGCCAAGGCGACAUUCCAUCGUUCUACACCUACGAAGAAGGCCUGUCUCGUUUGACCACAGAGGGCCAGGCGACCCUGGAGAGGCUGGAAGGCAUGCUGGCCCAGUCGAUAAGCUCCCAGUACCACAUGGCCGGCGUCCGGACAGAAGAUUCCAUCCGAGAUUUUGAAGAUGGCAUGGAGGUGGAUGCGUCGUCGCCAGCCGUCGCCGGGCAGUUUGAAGACGCGGAUGUCGAUCACUGAGGAGGAUGCGGACAGCGGCUCAGAUUCUUCUCGACGCUUUCCAAAACGGGCGCUACGAGCUUGAAGACGUUUCCACGGGACUUGUCCUUUUCUGUAUUAAUGGCCUAAACACAGAGGUUUGGGCCUGUCAGUGCUUUUUAGAGAUGCGCUUAUAAAAAUGCAUUUGAUAUUGUGGGGUUGCUUAUUUUUUCUUUUUCUUAAAAAUCCAAGACGGUUGCAAGACCCGAUGUGGGUUAAUCAUGGCCCGUUAGUGCGCAGCCUUUGACGAGGGUGCUGGAGAUUAAGGAACAAAGUUGUACUUAGAACAGAAUUCUAGAUUGUCCUAGAAUUUCCCCCAUAUAUUUUUUUUUGUGUGCCUGCUUUUCUACAGCCACGGAAACACUGCAGUGGCCUAGGUAGAAACCUGCAGCGUCGUGAGGCUGCAGAUCCAAA